AUGUCGCACAAGCCGGCAUCAGCUCUGAGGACCAUUCCACUCGUCUGGCCCUUCGCUGUUUGGGGACUGGACAUGGUUGGUCCACUGAGAACAGGCAGGAGCGGAUUCACACAUGUGCUUGUGGCAGUCGACAAGUUUACCAAAUGGAUUGAAGCCAAGCCUAUCAAAAAUCUUGAUGCUAGCACUGCUAUCGGUUUCGUCAGAGAGUUGAUAUUCAGAUAUGGGGUCCCGCAUAGCAUCAUCACUGACAAUGGGUCAAUCUUCAAUUCAGACAAGUUCAGAGCUUUUUGCGCCUCUCAAGGCACACGAGUCGACUACGCGUCGGUCGCGCAUCCCCAGUCGAACGGACAAGCUGAAAGAGCAAAUGGUCUAAUUCUCAAAGGACUGAAGCCUCGACUGAUGCAUGAUCUCAAGCACGCAGCAGGCGCUUGGGUCGACGAGCUUCCGUCAGUUUUGUGGGGACUGAGGACCACCCCGAACCGGUCGACUGGAAGAACGCCAUUCUUUCUGGUUUACGGAGCCGAAGCCGUCCUGACGAGUGAUCUACUUCACAACGCCCCCAGAGUCGAGCUUUACAACAAAGACGAAGCAGAGCGAGCCCGGCAAGACGCAGUCGACCUCCUAGAGGAGGAGAGGGAAAUGGCUAUGAUCAGAUCGACCAUCUAUCAUCAAGACUUGCGUCGAUUCCAUGGUAGAAAUGUGAAGAGCCGAGCCUUCCAAGAAGGAUAUUUGGUCCUCCGAGUGGAUCAGCAGAAACCACACAAACUUUCGGACGAGAUGUAA